AUGCGAUUAGUAAAAUAUAAGAGGAAAUGGAAAAAUUGUAAAAACUUAUCAAAAUUAAAUUUGUUUAAGUAGCUAUGGAGGCUAAGAUAGUAUCCUCGCUUUAAUAUUUACACCCAUUUGGUAAUACUUCAUUUAAAUUUCAAGGGCUUUGUCAUCAAUAUUAUUAUCUUUGAAAAACAUCAAUAAAUCAAAUUAAUUAUUUACAUCUAUAAAACUUAGAUAACUAUUGUUUUAAAGUUAACUUAAGGUAUCAAAAUUUAGAUUAUGAAAGCAUUUUUCUAAAAAUGA